GGGUGUGGCGCCGUCCUCCUCUGCGCUUGGGGCCCUCCGGUGGUGACAGGUGCCCGGCCGGGAGGCACACUCCCACCUCCCACUCUGCAGACCCUGGGCUGCGGUUGAGCUAGGAGGGUAGUCCCCCAGGGCAGCCCCGGCUCUUCCAGAUCCACCUUCUCCCGCUGUCUUGGGGGUUGUGCAGGGUUGGCCAGGGGUCCCAGGCUCAUCCAGGCGCUCAACGGGCCUUCCGACACCCUUGGAGCCUCGGGGUGGGAGCCGCCAGGGCCUCUCAGCCGGGAGGAACCUCUCCCUCCUGGGAAGGUGGGGGCGACCGGAAGCAGCCCUCCCCAGGCGUGACCCAGAGCUCCGCUGACACUCGGAGGUUCAGAAUCCUGCUUCCUAGUCCCAGCUCAAGCAUUUUUGCAAACCCUUGGGCUGCUUGCAGAGGUGGUGCUCCUUGCAGGGCCCAGAGGAUGACAGGACCAGGUGCCCAGGCACUCCUAGGAGCAAGGGAAAGAGCAGCCCACACAGCAGUGCAGGACGUGGACACCGAGCUGUCCCCAGAGGAGAAGCGGGUCCUGGAGAGGAAAUUGAAAAAGGAGCGGAAGAAAGCAGAGCGACAGCGUCUACGGGAGUCAGGCAUCGCAGCCCAGAACCCUCCAGCUAGGCACUCGGGGGCAGAGCUGGCCCUGGCCUACCUCUGUAGGUGGGCCCAGAAGCACAAGGACUGGAGGUUCCAGAAGACAAGACAGACAUGGCUCCUGCUGCACAUGUAUAACAGCAACAAGGUGCCCAAUGAGCACUUUCCCACCCUGCUGGCCUACCUGGAGGGCCUUCAGGGCAGGGCCCGAGCAUUGACGGUGCAGAAGGCUGAAGCCCUGAUGCAAGAGCUAGAUGAGGUGGGCUCCGGGGACCCAGACCCCCUCCUGCUGGAGAAGGCCCAGCGUGCCCGGCAGGUGCUGCAGCUGCUGUGCUAGCAGGUCAGGUGGUGGGACGGGGCCCUGCUCAGGGCAGGCCUUGGACCACCUCCUCAUGGGGUCCAUGCUGGCGGGGCAAGCCGCACCACCAGCAGGUCUGGGCUGGGCCAGGCCUGGGCCUUCUAGCUCCACAGACUGUGAUGGACCCUUCCCUCCCACCUGCUUGGCCAGAGACAGUUUUGUAGAUGAUAACAGGUUUUGAUACCUGUAAAGCAGAAGAUGUUACUCUGAAAUGACCCAGAGACACCGGUCCUGGCCUUCAGUUCGUUUCCCAUAUGCACAAAUGGACUUUGCUGGCUAUAUUUUCAAUAAAAACAAGCCCCCUUCGGGCUGUGGCUCUUA